AUUAUGCUCUUGGAUUCCUCUUUUAUUCCAAGUUUCUAUCUAUAUUAUUUUUUCUCCUAGGUGCAAUUGAUUUAUUUCCCCUGUGCACUUUCAACCUAGAUUGUUGUAACACCACAAUUAUCUGAGGAUAUGUUGUCACUAUGUUUUGCAGGUGUCCACAGCGCAUUGCCAGGAGAGGAAACUAUGGGGCUUUUCUAAUGGAUAAACUCCCUGUCAUUAAAUCACUAGUAGAGAAAUUGGAUCUCAAACUUCACGUUCCUGUUUCAUGCAAAAUCCGUAUCUUCCCAAAUUUACAAGAUACUAUCUCAUAUGCUAUGCUUGAGGAAGCUGGGUGCUCUCUUUUAGCUGCCCAUGGUCGAACUAGAGACGAAAAAGAUGGAAAGAGUAACCGAGCUGACUGGAAUGCCAUCAAGUCUCUAAAAAAUGCUGUCAGGAUACCGGUCCUGGCAAAUGGAAACAUACGCCAUGUGGAUGAUGUCCACAGCUGUUUGGAGGCGACGGGUGGAGAUGGCGUGCUUUCAGCUGAGUCUCUGCUGGAGAAUCCAGCUCUCUUUGCUGGAUAUCGGACUGCUGAAUGGGCAGAGGGCAGUGAUGACAGCAUGUUAGAUGCAGGACUAGACCAGGCAGAUUUAGUAAUCGAGUAUUUGAAACUCUGUGUGAGAUAUCCGGUGCCAUGGAGGAUGAUCCAUUCUCAUGUGCACAAGAUGUUGGGAGACUGGUUUAGGAUUCAUCCGCAUGUGAGGGCGGGUCUCAAUGCACAAUCCAUACUCACCUUUGAAUUUUUAUAUGAUUUGGUAAAUCGGCUUAAGGAGUUGGGCACGAGGAUUCCACUUUAUACAAAGGAUAGUGAUGCAGGAAGGAUUUCAGAAAAUGGAGUUGCCACAUUUAAUGCUGGAGUUUGAGCAUCUGACAGGAAGAGUUCAGGUGCCCAAUCAAAUUGGAUACCUGGUGAAACUGCGGCCAGAUAAUGCUGCCUCAGUAAUUUUUCUCUUGGCUUCAUCUAACUGUACAGCCCUCAUCAUUCUUUUUCUUUCGUUUAGAACUUAAAGUUUUUAUGUUCAUCUUGAAUUGAUGCAGUGAUCUAGUGAUAUGGGAUGCUGUAAUGUCGGUGGUCGAGGGGAGUUGUCGAAUUGUAACCAAAGAAGCCUAUAUUUAUAUAUUUUUGUCUGGAUUUUGUUAAAAGAAAAAGGAGAAGAAACUGCAAUAGUGGUUAUCAUUGCCUAUUCUUUUUUUAGCAGUAUAGGGUCUGCCGAAUUGCUUUUCUGGUCAUUUUUUUUCUCCUGAUCAGAAGAAUGACAUGAAUCUAUAAUAUUGAAAUGUAUUGUUUUGUG